GGCCGCUGAGAGCCACGUCCACGUGUAAGUGAGCGCGUGACCUGCCAGGGCCCCAGGCGCCCAGAGAGCAGCGGAGCGGAGCCCCCUGGAGCCUGAGCCGCAGGGGCAAACCAUGUGCUGAGGUUCCAGCGCGCGAGGCGCUGGCGUUGGUGCUGCGCCAUCACACCGCGCGGCCGCACCAGGGGGAGUCCCACGGGCUCCAGCCACCGCACCCGGGGGCCCUCAGACUCAUGGCCACCCCGCCCUCCUGCCCUGGUGCUGGGCCUGGAGCUUCCAGCAAAGCCUCGGGCCUCCUCCUGUUGUUGCUGCUGCUGCUGCUGCCCCGCAGGCACCUCGACAGCGAAGGGAUCACCUUGAGCCAGGCCGUGGCCUGUGGCCGGCGCCACGUGCAGGGGAGGAUCCUAGGGGGCACGGACGCCCCUGAGGGGAAGUGGCCAUGGCAGGUCAGCGUGCACUACGGGGGCUUCCACAUCUGCGGAGGGUCCAUCAUCAAUGAGUACUGGAUCCUGUCAGCAGCCCACUGCUUUAGCAAGAACAGGAGCCCUGCGGCAUUUGAUAUGUACGUGGGCCUUGUGGACCUCAAGCUCGCAGGCAACCAUACCCAGUGGUUUGAGGUGAAUAAGGUUAUUAUUCAUCAUACAUUUGAAAUGUACCACCCUCUUGGAGGUGACGUCGCUCUGGUGCAGCUGAAAAGUCCAAUUGUAUUCUCUGACUCUGUACUCCCCAUCUGCAUUGCAACCCCAAACAUGAACCUGAAUAACCUUACCUGCUGGGUGACAGGAUGGGGACUCAUCUCCCAAUCAGGUAAGAGAACAAAAUGGAGCAUCAAUCCCCCU